GUCAAAUUGAUCUCUUAAAGUGGCUUAUCUUAAUUACACCGUUUAAGCAGCAAGUGCAUUGCUUGAAACUAGCAAUCAAAGAGAAGCACAAAAACUAUGUUGCUUGCUGUGGUCUGGAAUGUACUGGAAAUCCGAGUUCUGGUUUUAUUCAGUUUGAUCUUGCAAAUAAUCCUUAUAGUUUGUGGCAACCAAAGAAAGUACAAAGCAGGUUGGGUGCUACAAUUCGGUGUGUGGUUUACCUAUCUGUCAGCAGAUUGGGCUGCGACCUUUGUGCUGGGCAUUCUUUCCAAAGACAGCAAAAAUCCUUCAACAGACCCCACCAACUCCAUAAUCAUGGCCAUCUGGGCACCCUUCCUUCUUGUGCAUCUUGGUGGCCCUGACACAAUCACUGCCUACUCCCUCGAGGAUAAUGAGCUAUGGCUACGACACUUUCUUGGGUUAAUCUCCCAGCUAUUUGGAGCAGUUUAUGUUGUUUACAGUUCAUGGAAUGACAGAAACCUUAACUAUGUUACCAUUCCAGUUAUGGUGGCAGGAAUAAUCAAAUAUACUGAGAGGACUUUGUCCUUGUGGUUGGGAAGCAGCAAAAAGUUCAGAGAAUCCAUUCACCGUCCACCAGACCCAGGACCAAAUUAUGCCAAAUUCAUGGAUGACUGCACUGCAAAAAUAGCUGAAGGAUAUAAAGUUGAAUUGAAGGUUGAAUCUACUCCCAUAUUGUCGGAUCACUCUCUAGCGGCAAUAGCAAAUGAAAGUGUACCAGAUGCUUUGCGUUUGCACUAUGGAUUCUAUUUCCUUGAAAUUUUCGAGUGCCUAUUUGCAGAUCUCAUCCUUGGUUUUCAAGAACUCCAAGAAAGCCAACAUUUCUUUCAGAACAAAUCAUGGGAACAUGCGUAUAAAGUAAUUGAGGUUGAGCUUGGAUUGAUGUAUGAUAAGCUAUAUACAAAGGCAGUGGUAACAUACUCUCGCCUUGGCCUUUUCCUCAAAAUUGUGACCUUUUUCUGCACCCUCUCUGCAUUUAUUGCAUUUUUAUGUCUGAUAGAUAAAGCACACAUAGACUGUGACCAAAUUAUAACUGUUGUGCUUUUCGCUGGGGCUAUUUUUCUUGAGAUAUACGCAGGCAUCGUUUUACUUUCUUCAAGUUGGACAAUGCAUUGGUUAAGCAAGCAUAAGAAUUGGAUCGUGAAUCUUCUCAUCUCAUGUUUUCAAACAUGCUAUAAACUCUCACAUGCUAAGAGGUGGUCUAAUCUUAUAUCACAAUUCAAUCUCAUAAGUUUUUGCUUGAAAGGUGAGCCAGCAAAACGCAUCAAAAUCUGGAAUUACCAAUUCAUGUAUCAGAUUUUCAGGAUACUUUACCACCAAGACCAAGAAACUGUCCCCGAGAAAUUGAAAGAACUCAUUUUUGAACACAUUCGGGAGAAGUCUAAGGGUGCAAAACACAUUAAGGCAUGUAAAAACUUUUGCGCUCACAGGGGUGAUCAAGUUCUUAACAAAUGGAAGUGCCGUUCCAUUGCCUGGAGCACUGAGGUGGAGUUUGAUCAAAGCCUUCUGAUUUGGCAUAUUGCUACAGAUCUUUGUUGUUAUUCAGAUAAAGAUUGUGACAAGCUCAAAAAUUAUGAAAUAAGCAGAUUGAUGUCAGAUUAUAUGUUAUAUCUCCUUGUUAAAUGUCCUUUUAUGUUACCCAACGGAAUAGGACAGAUCAGAUUUGAAGACACGUGUGCCGAGGCGAGUGAACUUUUGCAAGAAAGGAAGUACAUAUCGCAAACAGAUCAAGUUUGCCAAGUGAUUGGUGGAGUGAGUGUAGAUGAAAAGUUCCUACCGUCAAAGGUUAAAGGAGAUAGAAGCAAGUCUGUGCUGUUUGAUGCAUGUAGGCUUGCAAAGUCGAUAAAGUCUUUAGAAGAGGAAAAGAAAUGGUCGAAAGAACAGAAAUGGGAAAUGAUAAGUCGUGUUUGGGUGGAGAUGUUGUGUCAUGCAGCAAGCCAGUGUAGAGGGUUUCAUCAUGCCAAGCAGCUUAGCAGAGGUGGCGAAUUGCUUACCCAUGUCUGGUUUUUAAUGGCUCAUUUAGGUAUAACUGAACAGUUUCAGAUUUCACAAGGUCACGCAAGGGCAAAGCUGAUACACAGCUAAAAUUGUUUUGUGUCCAAGGUUUUAAAGAACGGUCUUCGACCACCAUUUUAUCUACAACAUUAAGGUUUAUGUGUGUCGUCCAUGCAUUGCUGUUGCAAUUGUGACUGUAUUGAUCAUAUUUAAUUUUCCACAAUGUCAAGAAAGUGGCCACAAUUUAAAACCUUUUAACCGUAUCACACUAUAUAUGUUGUGUUCUAAUAUAGUAACUUGUAAUUUGUAAUGUAUAAUAAUCUCUUGGCAUGUUUAAUCAGCUUGU